UCCGAAUCUUGCAUCAGAACGGAGAUACUUUUCUGAUGUUGUGAAAGAACCAAACCAGACACAAGAAAAUGAAAAUCAGCAAAUUAUUAGCCGAUCCACACAAAAAGCAGCGAAGACAAUACCGCCAAACCGUUCCAAGAUGAUAAACGAUACACACCCAUACCGGAAGGAGGCGAGCGAGCAUUGGGAGAAGAUUUUGGAAUACGAAUCCAAGGCGUCAAUAUCCGAAAAGAAAUUUGCAGACGAAUGCAGAAAGCUGGCAGAGGCUGAAAGAGAAAAGAUGAAAGAAGCCAACAGAAAAGCAGUACAGCUCUUCCUAGAAAAAGGGAGUCCUGGUUUUCCGCACUGUUUGACACUCGAUCUUCACCAUCUCUACAUCAAGGAGGCUAAACCGAUAGUGGACAGAUUCCUGCAGAUUAACAUGAAACGUCGAGAUAAAGUGUUCAUCAUAACGGGAAAAGGAAACCACAGCAAGGGACCUCGUUCGACGUUAAGGGAUUGGAUAAUGGAGUAUCUAUCGGAGAAGGAACAUCGAUUUAAAGAAGACGCUUAGAACAGAGGUGAAUUUACUGUGUAUUUUGUUGAAAAGAAAGGUAAACCAACGUUUGACACGUGAUUCCCUAAUUGAGCGGUUACUUGAGUAAGAAAUGACAAUAUUUCUACCUACAUACUGGCUGUGUUGUAUUUUGUUUAACGACAUUAUUGAAGAUGUGCCUUUGUGCACACUGUUUUUUUCUGAUAAUGAUUUGUGUAUAUGCAUCUAUGCCCAUGUGAUAUAUUAAAACAUUAUUAUCGA